CAGCCACAGUUGGGUAAAAGCUGGCGAGCGAGAGAGAGAGAGAGAGAAGCCAAGGAAGAGGCGAGGGAAAGGAGCUAAAGAACUAAUUACCCCCCUCCUUUCCCCGAAAAAAACAACACUCAGGAACAGGAGCUGAGCAGAAGAAUGAGCCGUUCCUCCUAGUUGCCCUGCAAGAAAACUACCUGCUUCAUGGCUCUUACAUUCAGCAGUGUGUUUAUCACUGUGCAGAAAAUCUAUUACCCGUCACUGUGUGCGAUUGGAAUCCCAGGUAAACCUCACUGGUUCAUGAAGUGAAAAUGAAUGAAGACUGACCAACAGAGGCAAUGGUAAAGCGAAUCUUUUGACAGUAUACACCAUCAACUACAGAAAAUGUGGCAUGUCCAAGAUUGCAAGACUCUAUCUGCUAUCCCUGGCUAUUGCAGACUCAAUGUGCUUGUUCUGGGGUGGACUGAUAGACCUGAGCUUGGGUUGGCUGGACCCUAACCCUUUCUGGAACAGCUCCCCGUGGUGUGGGUUAGUCACAAUCCUGGAGUAUGGAUCCGUAUUCAGCUCCAUUUGGAUUGUCGUUAUUUUUACCUUGGAGCGUUACUUGGUGCUAAAGAGCACCCAGGCCAGGCAGCACUGCUCCCAGACUAAGGUGACUAUCAGAAUCAUCCUGAGUGUCAUCUUAAUCGCGCAUCUGAUUGCUGUCCCUGCCUAUUGGCUCAACAAUUCGGAGUUACGGAAUUUCACCCAGAACAAUGAGACCGUCCUGCUGCCCAUCUGUGAAUACAGUGAUAGUUUCUAUUCCACCGCGGUAGUUUGGUUCCAUACGUUCAUCUCGGGUGGCGUACCCUAUAUCCUCCUCAUCAUCUUCAACUGUCUAAUUGGCCAGCAACUCUACACGGCCAGCAGGAUGUUCACCCAGGAGCAGCUGAAGUCGAUAAACGGUGUCACUACUCGGAAACUGGUGAAGAAGUCCAUUCUGAUCCUCUUCACCGUCUCCUUUGCCUUUGUUCUCCUGUCUCUCCCUCGUUUUGUCACCUACUGCAUCCUGAGGACAGCCUACAACACACCAAACCAUGACAGAAAUGACUAUAGCCAGCUCAUCAAUGUGUUUGCAGAUAUCGGUAUUAUGAUGCAGUGGUUAAAUUCUGCCAUCAAUUUCCUCCUUUACUGUGUUGUCAGUGAACAAUUUCGCACAGAAUUUAUUCUUGUCCUGACCUGCAAAUGUGGGAUUUCUAAGGCCCCUGCUUUGCACACACCCUUGAAAGUCUAUAGCGUUCAGGGUGCCUCGGCUGAAGCUUCAUCAGUGUUAUUUAUCCAACGUCGUUAAGCCUGCCAUUGGCUCCACAACUCGCAAUUGGUUUCUGCUCUCAUAGUGAAAGAUCCUCUCAGAGGGGGUAAAGUGAUCAUAAUACAAUUGCAUUCCAUAUUAACUCUGAAUAUAACGUACUUCAGUCCCAAACAAAGUCAACUAAAUCAGAAUGAGAGGAAUGCUGACUAAGGUUUGUUGGCUAAAAAGACUGAAAGAUAUUGCAGUAAAUACCUAGUGGGAAACAUUUAAUGAAGCCAAAAAUGUUCAACAAAGACUCAUACCAUUAAAAGAAACAAAAACUCAGCACAAAAGAUACAUCUGUGGCUUACUAAGGAAGUUAAGGAUAGUAUUAGAUUAAAAGAAGAGGCUUAUAAUGUUGGAAAGAAUGGUUGUAAACCUGAGGAUUGGGAGUUAUUUAGAAAAGGCAACCAAAGAGUUGAUGAUAAGGGGAAAAAAUAGAAUGAGAGUAAACUAGCCAGGAAUAUAAAAAAACAGAUUGUAAAAGCUUUUACAAACAUAUAAAAAGGAGGAGAGUAGCUGAAGUAGACAUUGGUCCCAUACAGGCAGAGACAAGAUUCUUGGGGUGCAGAAGUUGUCUUAUGAUGAGAGGUUAAGUAGAGGGGGCUCUAUAUUCUCUGGUGUUUAGACGAAUGUGAAACACACAUGAUUCUGAAGGAGCUUGACAAGGUGGACACUGAGAGGUUAUUUAUCCUGGCUGGGGAAUGUAGAACAUGAGGCCCUGGCCUCAGGAUGAGUUGAGUGGGGUGGGGGGGGGAGUUCAAUCAUUAAGGAUUAAGAUUAGGAGAAAUUUCUUUACGCAGAGGGUUGUGAAUAUUUGGAAUUUUCUGCCCUGGAGGGAUGUAGAUGCUCCAUUGUUGAAUACAUUUAAGGGUGGGAUAGAUAGAUCUUUGAUCUCUCAGGGAAUCGAGGGAUAUGGGGAACAGGCAGGAAAGUGGAGUUGAGGUAGAAGAUCAACUAUAAUAGUGGGCUGGAGGGGCUGUAUGGUGCACUGUUGCUUGUGUUUCUUAUGGCCUGAUGUUCUACCUGAGCUACAGGGCAUGUUUGAGGCUGAUCUGAAUUAAAGCUUUCCAUGGAGAAGCAAAGAAAGAACAAUAUUUGACAGGGUUUCAAACCCAGCAUUUUAGGUAGGACACAAUGUUGAGAGCAGAAAUUCAGCUUUCCAGAUCUCAUAAGAUCCCAGACCCCAGGUAUAAACAUGGUGCAACUGUAAUGUUAGUAAUGAAAAGUAAUUGUUAAUCUGCGUGCAUGAGUUUAAACCAUAGUAAUACUAAGGCUGCGUAUAAAAUCCCACAAUUCUUGCUGCUGCAUGUAUGUUUAAAUGAAUGUACACAAUUGCACUGACUGCUUCCUUGUGCUUCCAUUACUGUACAAACACAUGUUUUAUUGUAAAUAAAAACCUAAAGAGCUGCA